GACCACAAGCCGGCGCGCAUCGACGAGAAGAAGCGCGUGGAGCGCGCGGGUGGGCUCGUGCUGCAGAUACGGGGUGCGUGGCGGAUUGCGGCGUCCACGAAUCCCAACUCCAUGAACAAGUCCGCGCGCAGGGAGUACCAGGGCCUCGCCAUGACCCGCUCGUUCGGGGACAUGUAUUUCAAGCAGCCCACGGCGCUCGCCAUCGCGGAGCCUGAG